AUGCAAAAUCUGUCUCCGUUCAUACGCUCGCCGUUCACCGAUCUCACAGGCGGAUUGGUAUCUCACCAAAUGUAUGGUACACAGUGUGGUCCUUUAGAAUUGCAAAUGAUGGAGUGCAUUGAAUUCUACGGGCUAGAUCGUGGAGUAAAAAAAUGCAGAUGUCUGAUUGAAGAUUUCAAAGAAUGCCAUACCAUGACUAAGCAAUUUGGUAGAUUCAUAGCAAUGCGAGCUGAGCGUGAUAGACAGAUUCGUUGCGGGAAGUUAAAAGGUAAAGACAAAUAUAUGAACGCAAGACUUGAUAGUUACUGA